AUGAACGACGACGACGCCGACGUCGACCCGGCGCAGCGCGUGAUUCGCAAGACGUACCGAAUCGCGAAGCGUUCGAUCGCGGAGCUCGUGCGGGGGUACUUCGCGCACAACGCGAGCGCGAGGACGGCGUGCGAACACUUGAUGCGCGUGAGCGGAGAGACGAUGGAAAAUCUUACCGACGCUGAGUACGUCGCUCGGGAGACGCCGCUCGAUCACCUGGCGUUUCGAUCGCUGGGGACGAAGGAUAUGGGGAUCGACGGGGUGUGUGAGCGCUUCGAGGCGUGCGGGUACGUUUUGUGUGAGGAGAGCGAGGACGGACCGGCGGCGACGUAUCGGUUUCCGGAGAAGAGAGUCCGCGCGCGGUGGAUGCGGCCACCCGAGACGCCUAUCGGAGAGAUCGCGCUGCCGAGGAUCUUCGUGAGUGAGUUGGUGUUGGAAGAGUGCGACGCAGAUCUGAGGAGUUUGGUGGAGGGGGUACUGGCGCGCGUCUCGGAUGGGAAGGUGUUUCAGAGCGGAGAGUACGCGGAUGGACGCAUCGCUCGAUGGCAAUUACCGGCGGCAAGCACGUACGCCAAGCUCCAAAAGUUGAGCGAGUACGCAAGUUGGACGCUCUUGCACGGCUACGCGGUGAAUCACAUCGCGGUGAGCCUGUUUCAGUUGAGGAAAAAGUAUCCCGAGACGCCGAUACGCGCGCUCGAGGACGUGGAUAAAGCGUUCGCGGCAAACGCCGCACUGGCGAGGAAGCCGUGGAACGACCGAGGAGGCAGGAUCAAGCGCUCACCGUCGGGCUUGUUGUUGCAAAGCUCUUUGAUGUCCGAGCCACAUCGAUUCAACCUUUACAAACAGACGCAAGCGAUUCGGAACAGAUACGGCAGAGACGACGAGGAGGAAAUUUUCAAGGAGUACAAGCUUCCUGGAUCUUACAUCGAAUUCGUUCAACGCAUGCCCAGGCCUGAACAUGCGGAUAAAGCGUUCGAGGAACUUAAUGAACAGGAUUUGCGCGACGGUUUCGAGUCGAGUAAUGCGGACCAGAUUUUUGAGUCGACGAGCGUAGUCUUGGCGUCGGCACAACGUAACCAGAAUCCGCCGAUAUCUGGCGCCGCAGCACCGUCGGAGCCGCCAGCGGGACCACGUUCUGGUGCUCCACAGGCUGUGGCGCCACGGAUACAUGCGAAGACAGAGCGAGUGGACAAUAUGCCGGGAAGGGGAAAACAGGGCAACGCGGACGUCAUCGAUUUGACGUAG